CCAGCUUUCAUCACAAGGAUGCCAGCCGCAAUUGGGUUUGCAUAGAUGCAUUACUGCCCCAAGUUGGAAAAAGAAGCCCCACCACAACCCCCAACGCUGUCAACUUGCUCGCUAGUCAGACCUACCUAGACAAAUGUACCCAGCAGGGUUAAUAACCACGCAGAGGUACCUGUGACCUCAGCCCACCCAAGGUGAAAAAAGGUGGACGCGCUCCGUCCAUCCAGCUGAGCGAGAGACGGGCAGGCGAGGAGAAACAGGGCCGAGGCGAAACAGCCGCUAGCCCGAUGUCUUCCGACGGCCUUCCAGGCCCCAAGACCAAAGGACACCCCUGCGCCCCCUCCUCCCCCCUUCCCGAAGAAGCGUUCCUGGGGGUGGUGCCUCUUGGCUGACCCGGGGUAAAGAGGAAGAGGAGGAGGGAGCUUGUAAGCCGGCGUCGUCACAAGCUAGCUGCGGCUUGCGAUCGGCAUGAAGUCGGCCUAGGUACACUCACAACCCGAGCUCAAAACAUACGUAUCCAAACUAGAGUCUGACUCUUUUUCUUCCCCCUCCUGGCUUCCUUUCCUUAUUUCUUUUUUUUUCUGGUUUCCAUUUCUUUUUUCUCAGAAGUUGUCCCCAAUCUCUUCUUUGCUUCUCCCUUUCCCUCCGUCUCCCUAAACUACCAAUCCCAAGCUUCCUGCUCCCUCGACGGCGCCCUAGGAACAAAGAAUCAUAGCAUUCCUGCGCGCCCACAGCUCUCAUAUACACUCCCACACCCCAAUUGGCCAUCAAGAUGGCGUCCAAGAACAUGGUGAACCCCUCGGUGGACCCGAGCCAGGAGGACGACAUCUUUGCCCGCGAGGUGGCCGAGGUCAACAAGUGGUGGAGCGACCCGCGCUGGAGGCACACCAAGAGGCCCUUCACGGCCGAGCAGAUCGUGUCCAAGCGGGGGAACCUCAAGGUCGAGUAUGCCAGCAACGCUCAGGCCAAGAAGCUGUGGAAGAUCCUCGAGGGCCGGUUCAAGAACCGAGAUGCUAGCUACACCUACGGUUGUCUGGAGCCGACCAUGGUGACCCAGAUGGCAAAGUAUCUGGAUACCGUCUAUGUGUCCGGAUGGCAGUCGUCCUCGACCGCGUCCGCCUCUGACGAGCCCGGCCCGGAUCUGGCAGAUUACCCCUAUACGACGGUCCCCAACAAGGUGGCGCACCUAUUUAUGGCGCAGCUCUUCCACGACCGCAAGCAGCGGAGCGAGCGGCUGUCGGCGCCCAAGUCGCAGCGGGCCAAGAUGACCAACAUCGACUACCUGCGGCCCAUCGUGGCCGACGCCGACACGGGCCACGGCGGGCUGACGGCAGUCAUGAAGCUGACCAAGCUCUUCAUCGAGAAGGGCGCCGCCGGCAUCCACAUCGAGGACCAGGCGCCCGGGACCAAGAAGUGCGGGCACAUGGCCGGAAAGGUCCUGGUGCCCAUCAGCGAGCACAUCAACCGCCUCGUCGCCAUCCGGGCGCAGGCUGAUAUCAUGGGCGUCGACCUCCUCGCCAUCGCCAGGACGGACGCCGAGGCGGCAACGCUCAUCUCGACAAACAUCGACCCGCGCGACCACGCCUUCAUCCUGGGCACGACCAACCCGCAGCUGCAGCCGCUGAGCGACCUCAUGGCGGCGGGCGAGCAGGCCGGCAAGACGGGCGACCAGCUGCAGGCCGUCGAGGACGAGUGGCUGUCCAAGGCCGGGCUCAAGCGCUUCGACGACGCCGUGGUCGACGCGCUGCGGGCCAAGGGCAAGGGCUCGCAAGAGGAGCUGCAGUACCGCAGGGCGGCCAAGGGCAAGAGCAACGCCGAGGCGCGCGCCAUCGCGCGCCAGAUGGGGGCGGGCGACAUCUUCUUCGACUGGGAUGCGCCCCGCACGCGCGAGGGCUACUUCCGCCUCCAGGGCGGCUGCGACUGCGCCAUCAACCGCGCCAUCGCCUACGCCCCGUACGCCGACGCCAUCUGGAUGGAGAGCAAGCUGCCCGACUUUAAGCAGGCGCAGGAGUUUGCUGAUGGCGUGCACGCCGUGUGGCCCGAGCAGAAGCUGGCAUACAACCUCUCGCCGUCCUUCAACUGGAAGACGGCCAUGCCGCGGGACGAGCAGGAGACGUACAUCCGGCGGCUGGCGUCGCUGGGCUACUGCUGGCAGUUCAUCACGCUCGCGGGCCUGCAUACGACGGCGCUCAUCAGCGACCGGUUCGCGCGGGCCUACUCCGAGGUGGGCAUGCGGGCAUAUGGCGAGCUCGUGCAGGAGCCCGAGAUAGAGCUGGGCGUCGACGUGGUCAAGCACCAGAAAUGGAGCGGCGCCACCUACGUCGACGAGCUGCAGAAGAUGGUCACGGGCGGCGUCAGCAGCACGGCGGCCAUGGGCAAGGGCGUGACCGAGGACCAGUUCCACUAAGGCGCGUGUAUUUGCGUUUGUGGUAGUUGCCGUAUGUGUGUGUUUUUCUUUCUAGGGUUGGCUGUGAAUUUCAUGAUGUUGUCUCGGCCUGCCUGCCUGAUAUUGAUGGGGAGGUAUUGGAGCUCAAUUGAGAAUAUUUGGCUGUCAUCAAAUGGCCCACCUGCACCCCCCAGUGCCACCACGCGCUAGCACCACGCAGGGUGGAGUGAUUGGAGUGAUUGUGUCGCGUCA